AUGUCGACGAGCCAGCCCACCACACACAAUGCACACGAUGCACACGAUGUACACGAUCGAGGCACGCGCGCCGACGUAAGAGCAUCGAGGCUGGCAGGUAAGGUGGCGAUCGUAACCGGCGGGACGCGCGGAUUUGGCGCGGCGAUCGUAUCGCUGUUUGUGCACCAAGGCGCGCGAUGUGUGGUGAUGGACGUGCUUGCUUCAGACGGCUGGUAUGAUGCCUACACGAUUGCGGCCCCGACGUCAGCGUCGGUCAGUGCUCCGCCCGAGUCAGCGUACGCGCUCAAGGCCGACAUCACCUCGCGCGCAUCGUGGUGCACAGCGCUCGAGACGUGCAUCCACACAUUCGGCUCGCCACCAACCAUCAUUGUCAACAACGCUGGUUGGACGUACAGCAACAAACCCACACUCGACGUCACAGACGACGAGUUCGACAGGGUCUUCCAAGUGAAUGUGAAAAGCGUGUAUCUCAGCGUCGACGUCUUGCUGCCGAGCUUGUUGCUGUGGAACAAAGACGACCAGCACGAUGUGUGCUGGAUCAACAUCGCCUCCACGGCAGCAUUGAGGCCACGUCCCGGUCUGGUUUGGUAUAAUGCUUCGAAAGGCGCCGUCUGUACAGCGACCAAGGCGUUAGCGGUCGAAUAUGCGCCACGCAAGGUCCGCUUCAACACGGUCUGUCCCGUCGCUGGCAACACGCCUCUACUCUCCAAGUUCGCCGGAAGCCGCCAAGCGGGCGACAGCAUGUCGGCCGCCCAGCUCGCUCAGUUCAACGCCUCGAUCCCCAUGGGCCGCUUGAGUGAGGGAUCCGACAUCGCUAACGCGUGCCUCUUCCUCGCCGAUCCAGCCAGCAACUUUAUUACCGGGAUCGACCUUCCCGUCGACGGCGCCAGAUGCGUCUAG